AUGGGGAAAAGUUUUGUCGUACGGUCGGUCCUCACCGACGAGGAUUCUUACGCCAACCGGAUAUACCUUAAUCCCGCGGAUAAGGCAUUGUACAAACACCCUGAUGGUGUUGUGAUGAUUAAAAAUUAUCCCUUUACGAUUGAUGUCCGUGGCCCUAUUGAGCGCGGGGAGGUCGCAAUGAACAGCAUUCAGCGCCGUUUAGUGGGCGUGACAACUACCGCAGGAAGCGUUGUGGAAUUAGAGGAUUAUGUUGGCAGUGUAAGUUGCAUUACAACCAUGCAUGUUUUGGUUGAACAUGUUGCGGCAUCCAAGAGGGGAGGAACCCUUGACUGUGAUCUGUUCAUUAAGACCUUCCGCAGACAAUAUAACUUUCAGUGCUUCCGCGAUAAACAAGCUCUCGCUGUAAAGGUUGCAGACAUGAAACUCUUGGUUACGAUAACGAAGUUGGUCGUUGAAAAUGACGGAACGGUUGGUCAAGUUUCUGAAAAUAUGGGUUUGAUUGUGCGUGUUGGUGAAAAGAGUGAGAUAACGCUUAACAACCUGCCAGACGACCAGAUAGACGCUCAGCAGCCACAAAUACUGCAGACAUUCAAUCUUGAGGGACUUGGCAUUGGUGGGCUUUCAAGUGAGUUUGCGCAGAUAUUCCGCCGUGCUUUUGCCAGCCGUCUGUUCCCGCAAUCGUUUGUGAAAAAAGUUGGGGUGAAGCAUGUCAAGGGUGUGUUGCUGUAUGGGCCUCCUGGAACUGGUAAAACUCUUAUUGCACGCAAAAUCGGUGAAAUUCUUAACUGUCGGCCUCCCAAAAUAGUGAAUGGACCUGAAGUGUUCAGCAAGUACGUUGGUGCAACUGAGGAGAAUGUGCGAAAGUUGUUUGCUGAUGCUGAGGCGGAAGCAGCUGCCAAAGGUGAUCAAUCGCAGUUGCAUCUCAUCAUUUUCGAUGAGUUUGACUCCAUUUGCAAACAGCGUGGAGCAACACGAGACUCCACAGGUGUCAACGAUAAUGUUGUAAAUCAGCUUCUUUCCAAGAUUGAUGGUGUUAAUUCGCUAAACAACGUGUUGCUUAUUGGAAUGACAAACCGUAUCGACCUUAUCGACGAAGCGAUUCUACGGCCAGGGCGAUUUGAGGUCCACGUGGAAAUUGGGUUGCCAAAUGAAAAGGGUCGUGUGGAGAUUCUCCGUAUUCAUACUCGCGGUAUGCAGGAGAAUAAAGUGCUGGGGAAGGAUGUAGACAUUGAAAAACUCGCGGCGCUAACCAAAAACUACUCGGGUGCUGAGUUGGAGGGUGUUGUGCGCUCUGCUUCUUCCAAUGCGUUCAACAGGCACAUCAACCUAGAAGAUCCAAGUGAGAUUAUCAAUCCACAAGACGUCUUUGUUACCCAAAACGAUUUUCUGACAGCUAUUGAAGAGCUGAAGCCGGCGUUUGGGCAAGCUAAGGAGGAAUGCAACAAUCUAAAGCGUGGUGGUAUCAUCAACUAUGGCAAGGAAUGGGUUGGUGUUGAGGAUCGCUGCAGGCAAUAUGUGGAUCAACUGAAAAGUGAAGGUAAGCGAAUCAACACCCUCACCGUUCUUAUUGAUGGGCGACCGGGCAGCGGCAAGUCUGCAGUGGCAGCUCAUCUCGCAGAUAUGGCGGGUUUCCCGUACGUCCGUGUUAUAUCCAAUGAGGAUAUGGUGGGAUACGGUGAGGCACAAAAGGUGAACAUCAUUCGCAAAGCCUUUGACGACGCGGGCAAAUCCCCGUUCAGUACCGUUAUAUUAGAUGACGUGGAGCGCAUUAUUGAAUUCUCUUACAUGGGUGGGCGUUAUAGCAAUGCUAUUCUCCAGGCUCUUUUAGUACUAAUUAAGCGGCCACCACCAAAUGAACGAAAGUUACUUGUUGUUGCGACUACCUCAAUGUCUGAAGUGAUGGACACUUUGGAACUCACUUCGUGUUUCUCGGUUAAAAUGCAUGUGCCGUGUGCCCCACAGAGUGCAUUGGAGAAGAUUGCACAGGAGAUGGGACUGCAGUGGAUGGAUGAGCAAACCAAAGUAACCUGCAAGACGGCCAUAACGGAACCGAUGCCCAUCAAGCAGAUGAUGUUGUUGCUGGAAAUGUCGGCGGAAAAGUGUGGAACGGGGCAACUUACAAUAAUGGCUCAAACGUUCAGCCAAGCUCUCGAUUCCAUUGCGGGAAGGUCAGAGUAG